CCUCUUUCUGAGCUCAGUUUGCCGCGCACGCCAUACAGUGAAGUUUAACGAUUGUCACAUUUUUACAGACAUUUUUUCUACUUUUCUUCAAAAUUGAUUUGAAGGGCAAUAGCAGGAUUUUAAAAAUGCCAUCGGAGUGCAUUGGUACAUUUGGGCUGGACAGUGUGGGCUACGAGGACUUAAAUUCGCCAAGCAGCCUCUACCCAAAAGAUUCUGUGAACAGUGUUACCCAAAGUACUACAAAUUCCUGCUAGUGAUCGUGUGAAUAUUAAAUAUGAGCAACUUGAAACAGAAAGUUGCAAUGAUCGAGGUCAUGACCGGUCAUCAUGCACAUCCAACACUACCACCACUUUCCCAACUUUUGAGAGUAACCAACAUAGCUUGGGGGCUUUUGACAACCUUGACUUGACACAAAGCAAAGGCUUGGGGGUAAGUAAUACGGUGGUAAGUUUUCCCCUGCCGGAUUGUAAUGAAGCUCAAGGCAUUUUCCACCAGUUCUCUGACAGCACCCAGUCAAGUGUGUCUUCACCAGCCCCAAGUUCCCCCUUGAUGAGCCCUUCCAGUGGAUACCUAAGCGCCAUGGAUGAACUGGAUGGAGAAAGUUUGCAGGAACUGAUGAGCUUGACAGAUGAAAAUUCAAUAGCUUCUUUAGCUGAAUUGAUGGAGUCAGAACUGCCAUCUAAGAGGAAAUGCAGAAGACUUUCAUUAGACCAAUCCAGCCCUUCUAGUCCAUCAGAAUCGGAAGAUUCUCCAGUGUUCGAGUCUGAUGGAGCUGUGGCCUCCCCAACUUGCUUUGCUUUCUCGAAGACAAUAUUGAAAAACGGUGAAGAGACUAGCAGUCAAGAAUGUGCCAUGGAAACUAAUCCUCCAGUGAAACCAAUGAAGGAGCCAAGUCUGAAUGUGCCUUUCCCGAGUAAAGAGAAUGGUAUUGAAUUAAAAGUACUUGUUCAACCAGAAAGUCAUCAUAGAGCUCGCUAUCAAACUGAAGGAAGUCGUGGAUGUGUUAAAGACGAAUCCCAAAAUGCAUUCCCAACUGUGAAGCUGCUUGGUUGCAACAAACCUGUUGCACUUCAAGUAUUUAUUGGAAAUGAUAGUGGUAAGGUCAAACCACAUGGAUUUUAUCAAGCAAGUAGAGUUUGUGGAAGAAACAACACUCCAUGUGAAGAAAAAACAAUUGAUGCCACCACAGUCAUUGAAAUGUUCUUUGAUCCUGCUGAAGACAUGGUUGUAAGUGUUGACUGCGUUGGUAUCAUGAAACUUAGAAAUGCUGAUGUUGAGCACAAAGGACUGACACUACCAAGGUCUAAAAAGAGAAGUACCAAAGCUAGAAUGGUUUUCAGAGUGAACAUUCCAAAAGAUGAUGGAACGUACAGAACUCUACAAGUAGCAUCGAGUCAAAUCGCUUGCACUCAACCAACUGGUAUGCCAGAGAUUAUGAAAAAAAGUUUGUCAUCUUGUUCAGUCAAAGGAGGCGAAGAACUCUUUGUUCUUGGCAAGAAUUUUGUUAGAGGAACAACUGUGAAAUUCCAAGAGAUUUGUGAUGAUCAGAUUGUUUGGGAAGAAAGUGCUAAGCUUGAUAAAGAGAAUUUUCAACAUAAUCAUUUAGUAUGCUGUAUACCACCAUACAAAUCCCAAGAUAUCAGUACAUCAGUUGAGGUAUCCUUAGUUAUUACUACUGGUAAUGGUCGUGAAAGUGAUUCACAACAGUUUACUUAUACACCACUGUCAGUGGCAGAUGCAGAUGCCGCACAGGUGAGAACUGAGCAAUAUGAAGCUCAGAUGUGUACAGGAAAUGAAAGAAAAACAUCAACAGAGGUGGAGUCUGUUAAAUCAAGAACGGAAGUACCACAACAUGAUCAGUCCCUACAAAGUGGAAAUGAUUCAAGUUUUGCAGAGCAGUUAAAGAUGGUUGCCCUUCUUGCAACUGGACAAACAAAUUUGAAUAGUGGGAAUGGUCUUGCACAAAAAGUUAUGUCUGUCGUCAACAAGCAUAAACAGCAUCAACAAAGCCAGCAUCAGCAGGCCAUAUUACAGCAGCAGCAGUCGUAUCUAGGUGAUGGCAAUCAAAAUAAAGCAGCUGACGAAACAAGAGAAGCAACUAGUGUACAACAAACCAACCUUAAAGCUAAGCAAGCUGACCAAAAUCAGAUCAUCUUUCCAGUAGAUGUUGAUAGUGAUCUUGAUGCAAUACUUGCUAAUUUACACCAAGUAGCUGCAGCACUGUCUAGUGGUGAUAGUCAAGUCUCUAAUGUGAUGCUCAAUCAACCGAACCAGAGGACUCUUCUGUGGUAGUGAUGGUGAAGAUUCUAUAUAUAGAAUUCCAGAAUAUGUAACAUAUUGUAUAUAGCAGUAUUUAUUUUUGUACGUCUUGUUAGACUAUGGCUAGUAGGUUUUUGACCUGGAAUAUUAGCAUGGUUUGAUUAGAAGUUUGUUUCCUGAAUGGUUGCCAGAUUUUGAAUAUUUGGAUGGUAAGGCAAAGUAUGUAAUUUAUCGGGACAUGUUGAGGAUUGUGUUUUAGCACAACACAAAAGUUUGACAACUGUAAUUUUCCAGAAGUACUAGGCAGAUUUAAAAUGUAUGAUUUGGACCAACAAUUUCACAAACACAUUUCUGGGCCUUUUGGAGACUAUCUUGUUUUUUACCAAUUGAGGUAAGAGUUUACAUAAAAUUUACAGAGGUUUAUAUUUUAUCUUUUAUAUGGAGAUUUUUUUGUCAGUGUAAUUUUGUAUGUACAUAUUUUUCAAACAUUUAACUGAACUGUACUUGAACUAAAAUCAACUAUUUGUGUUUUGUAGUGCUCUGCACUUCAAAACAUACAAUAGCAAAUUUUAAGUUUAUAUUCAUUUUAUAUAUACAAUUGAAUCCUAUUUAUGUUUGGCCCUCUAACGUCACAAUUCUGUCCCGUGUGUCAUGAAUUAUAUUCUUGUGACCGACAAAUUCUUAUUGUCAAUAAUGCCCCCGUCCAUACAGAGUACAAUGUAUGUCGUCGUUACAGAAUUACUGGAAAAGCAUAACACAAUUUUUUUUUUGUGGGAAAACUGACCUUUCAAGAACUUGUGUUGGUUUAUUUGACAUGCUGUAAAAAAAGGCUUGUAUUUCCUAGAGUUUAUGUUAAACAACAAAUGCAUAUAAUUGAAACCCAUGUGCAAAGUAAACAAAGUUUACAGUAUUGUUUGCGUUUGGCCCAAUCACUGCCAUUGUUUAAUCACCCCACCCCAAAUGUAUUGCAAGUAUUAUACUUAAAUAAACAAUUAUAAAUAAAAGAUUGUCAUUAUCUGCUUAUUUGAGAAUAAAACAA